AUUUCCCGUCAUCUUUGGAAUCAUGUGGAAGUGUUUCAGUUUCAGUCUUAUUAGUUUGUACACUAUCACAUUAUUACCUGUCAAAUAGUGAUACGUAAGACUUCAAAAACUAAAGGUAGUGUCCUAUUAAAAUGCCAACCGAUAUUAAAACUUUUAUUAAAGACUUUUUAGCUGGAGGCAUUUCUGCUGCGAUAGCAAAAACAGCGGUUGCUCCAAUUGAACGAGUUAAAUUGAUUUUACAGGUUCAAGCAGCUAGCACUCAGAUUUCGCCCGAGAAGGAAUAUAAAGGUAUAAUAGAUUGUUUCAUACGUAUUCCGAAAGAACAAGGGUUUUUGAGUUACUGGAGAGGUAAUUUAGCCAAUGUACUUAGAUACUUUCCCACACAGGCAUUAAAUUUUGCUUUUAAAGAUGUAUAUAAAUCAAUGUUCAUGGGAGGUAUUGAUAAAAAUAAACAGUUUUGGAGGUAUUUUGCUGGAAAUUUAGCUUCUGGUGGGGCAGCAGGAGCCACAUCUCUAUGUUUUGUUUAUCCACUUGAUUAUGCCAGGACUCGUUUGGGAGCGGACGUUGGUAAAAAUUUAAAAGAGAGACAGUACACUGGACUGAUAGAUUGUAUUGUAAAAACUUUUAAAAGUGAUGGAAUGAUUGGUUUGUAUAGAGGCUUCAUGGUAUCAGUUCAAGGAAUUAUCAUUUACCGAGCAGCAUACUUUGGUUUUUUUGAUACCGCAAAGGGUAUGCUACCAGAUCCAAAGAACACACCUUUCAUUAUUUCAUUUAUUAUUGCACAGACUGUGACCUCUUUUUCUGGAAUAAUUUCAUAUCCAUUUGACACAGUGAGAAGAAGAAUGAUGAUGCAGUCAGGGCUCAAGAAGAGCGAAGUAAAGUAUAAAAAUACUUUGGACUGCUGGGUGAAAAUUUUCAAGACUGAAGGGCCACGCGCUUUCUUCAAAGGAGCUUUGUCUAAUGUUUUUCGUGGUAUGGGAGCGGCUCUUGUAUUAGUAUUCUAUGAUGAACUUAAAGCAAUAUUUUGAAAAGUAUGAUCAUUACACAAAUUUUUAUGUAUGUACUGCCAAUAUUCAUUCAUAUUUUAUGAAUAUCUAAAUAUAAACUUUGUUUAUAUAAAUUAUUAAUUUUUCUGUGAAAUUUCCCAUGCCGAUCAAUACAAAUUUGUGAUAAAAUAAAAACUUUGUAUUCAGAUUUUUUAUACAUAUUUUCUUAGGUAAUUGUAUAAAAACACUUUCAUUUUAUAUCUGAAUAUGUAGUUAAGCAGGAAUAUAGAUUUAGUUUUUAUUUAUGAAUAGCAUUGUUUACAGUACAGUAUUAUUUCUAUGAUAUUUGUUAAUAAUAAAAUAUUUGUUACAAAAAAAUUCAUUUAUCCUCUCAAUUGUAAUGUUUUUAUAAUUUAUUUGUUUUCUAUUCGUGGUGUGAAUUAUUAAACACUGGCUCUUACGUUCUUAAUUUAUUCACAUAUUAAACUUAACUAAUUAAUAUAAUUCACUUAUCUACUAUCAUUUAACUAACUUCAAUAAUUUAUUUAAAUUCUUCGAUUACUUCUAUUUCCGUCUGUUCACUAUUGCUAUUAUAAACUGAACUAAACUGCGCUAAAGAAACUAUAUAUCCCAAAAGCAUUAUAAAAA